GCUCGCACAUACAAAAGAGCGGCAUUUUUGUUUGUGUUUAGUUGGAACAGCAGAAUCCGUUCGGCCUUUCCGCCGUCUAUUUUUGUUUCAUUACACUUAAUCUACAUUAGGUAGGAUUGUAUUUUCGUAUUGUGUGUAUUCAUUCAACUAUAAAAUGGAACCAUCAACAUCGGAUGUGCUUAACAGCUCGAACGAUGCACUUCAACGCAGAAGGCAAUAUCAUGAGCUUCUGGAUCUUGGACAUGAUCUCGCGCUUCCGAACACAAACGGAAGAUGCGGUCAGCAUUUUCCAGGGUGUUACAUCGAUCCUCCGGCAAACCGACACACUGCAUCAGGGCAUCACAAACCAACGGUUAGAAAAUGCCUCAGAAAUGAACAUGAACGUUCAGAUCGUAAAAAUGGGCCAUGAUUUAGUCGGUGCGGCAUUGCAGAAAAGCGAAAGCUCGCAGUUUUGCGACGAAGAAGCUAACCGAGGCAAUAGUAGGUUGAUGGCAGCCAGGCCAAUGGCACAAAAGGCUGAAAAUUGGCAAAGUGUAGGGACGUUGGGCAUUAAAGCAUUCCGCAUGUCGAAACAUUCGCCCUGUUUGCUGGGUCUGUUUGAAUUUCAACCCGUGCCGGUUGAAAGAAGCGUGAAGGAGCGCCGUCGUCGUCAACGCCAGGAGCUGGGCGUAGCGCGCAAGCCAGAAACCGUUACCACCCUCCAUCAGGAGGAAGCAGAUGCGCGGAAGCUUCAGGGCAUCAUGGAGCAACUAAAACAGAUAUACCAGGCAAGAGGGUCACCGGUACCCUACCUUCAGCUCAUAACCGAUCCGGGUGAUUACAUGAACACCAUCGAUACAGCGUUCCAGCUGUCCUUUCUGAUACGUGACGGGGCGGUCGCUUUGGAAAACGUUGACAAUGUUUUGUCCGUACGUCCCACCACGGACAAUGAAAAGAAACAGAACAAGCGCAAUGAUGAUAACGUGCAGGCCGUACUAUCUUUAAACUUUUCCAAAUGGCAGGGCGCUGUCAAACAAUACAAAUUGAAAAGGCCCAUCCUUACGAUCGAUCGAGAUUUGCCGGAUGCAUCCUAGAGCACGAUAGAAAACCCAUCGCCGGAACCUGUAUAAAGCAAUCUCGGUAAGGUAUUAUUUGCCAUUUAGCUGUAAUCUCCUGAUUUGGGGUCGCUUUCUAUAGAAGGUUAAAGUUUUUGGCAGUCGCACAUCCCGGUUAUGGGAUUGCGCAAGCGGCAUAAGAAACGCAAAUUAAGGUAACAAUUUUUAUUUAAGUAACGCCAAAUAUUUUAUUGUAAUGCUAAAGGAAUGUAAUGGCAAUUAAAUUUUCUUAAAAAUGUCCACUAAGUGCACGCGCCACACAGCCACGCUUAGUGUGCGAAAACCA